UAUGCAGCGGUAAAAAAAAGCUAAAGCAACAAAGAGAAAAUAGAUAAGUAUUUCCAUGAAGAGAUCACGAGAAGAAUUUCAAGGUGGCUGCAAUAACAGAUUUGUUGAUGAGGUUCCACGUCUAAACUUGCCUCUAACAACGACUCCAGAGCUUAUCAACAAGAUUGAAACUUACCUCAAUAGAAACUACACAUGUCCUCAUCGACAAAUAGAGAACUCAAAGACCUCAACUCUUCUUAAGAGUUCUGAGAAACUAAAAGCUAUGAAUUUCCCAAUCUCCAUGAUCAAAAUUGGAACAUGGACCCCCGUUGCAAUAAACCCUGAAGAUAUUGUGGCGAAAUUCUAUUUUGCAAAGAAGAAACUUAUAUGGGAGUUUCUCUUCAGAGAAGAAGAAACUAACAUGCCAAGGCUGAAGAGAAAGAUCGAGAUUCAAUGGAAUGAUGUCUCAUCUUUUGAAGAGAGUAUUCAUACUCGUGAUGAAACUGGAAUCCUCAAUAUCGAGUUGAGAAAACGUCCAACAUUCUUCAUAGAGACUAAUCCACAGGCAGGAAAACACACUCAAUGGAAACAAUUGGAUCGCGAUUUCACCGACAAUCAGGCUUCUACUUGCAGGAGACAUACAAUUCAUUUUUCUCCCGGAGUUCUGCAAAAAAACUUGGAGAAGCUUCUGACUAAUAGCUUCUGGUCCAAACUCUACAACGUCCCUUUCCCGGUAGAAGAAUCUCUUUUCUUCGAUAUCGGCUUUGAAAACAACAACUCAUCUCACAACAGCCACAACCAGACAGUUGGCUUUAAUGUCAACUAUGGCCAUCAUCAUCAUCAAUAUUCUCAAGGAAUUGGUGGCGUGGGAGUUGGAGAAGGAAACUUUAACAUAGCACCGCAGUUCAGGGCUAACGGUGGAUGGCAAAGAAACUCAUAUAGUCAAGCCAAUAGUCUGAAUUAUAACACUGCUAAUGAGUUGCCUCAGAUGCAAGCUAUUAUCACACCAUCGUCUCAGGUGGUUAACGAGCAUUAUAACAUGCAAAUGGAUUUCACCGGUUCACAGUAUCGUAAUCAGAUGAACCAAGACGAGAUCCGAAAGAUGCAAAUCAUAAGGGAGAUAGUUCAGAGUCAAGCAUAUGCUGCAGUAGCUGAUACACAAACUAACAAUGUCCCAAUGUAUCCUCCGGUUGGAUCGUUUGCAGCAACAUUGAUUGAAGAAGAGGAGAGACAUUACAAGGACCAGACAAAUGUUGAUGGAAACUAUCACAGCAAAGAGUACCAGAAAAUUCCAUACAUACGCAGGAGCAACUGGGAAGUGCUUCCUGCUUUUGUUGCGAUCGGUGUUGCUGUUUUGAUACUUAGCCGUGACGAGAAGCCUAAUAUGCCGUUGAGAGUUUGGGUUGUUGGUUAUGGGAUUCAGUGUUGGUUACAUAUGGAUUGUGUUUGUGUUGAGUAUAGCAAAGAAAUACCACCUUACAUGUUACAUGUUCAACCGGGUGGCCUCUUAAACGUUAUGAGUCCUCUGUUCUUUCCUUCGGCCCAAGCUCCAAACCAAGUUUUCACAGAUGUUGAUGUCACUGAGCCACCACUACCACCAAUUAUAGCAAAAGCCCCAACCUCAACCCCUGGAAUCACACCAACCAUUUCACAUCUAAAGACGGAUUUAGAUGACAAUUUUUGCCCCAAAGUUUCGGACUGUGGGCUUGCUAAGCUCUGUGAGAAGAAAGAGAGCAUCUUGUCAUUGCUGGACAUAAGAGGUACAAUAUGGUACAUUGCACUAGAGAUGAUCUCCAGAGUUUAUGGGAAUGUGUCACACAUAUCAGAUCUGUUUGCUGCUCAAAUUUAUGCUCAAAGAUCUAGUAGUCCAUGGCAGACGCUCUGUGGUGAUGCUCCACUUGUGAUUGCUCGUGGUGGGUUUUCUGGAGUGUUUCCAGAUUCGAGUCUUGAUGCUUACAAUUUCGCAAUGCAGACAAGUGUAGCCGAUGUUGUUCUAUGGUGUGAUGUUCAGCUAACCCAAGAUGAAGUUGGGAUUUGCUUCCCUGAUUUAAAUAUGGCCAAUGCUUCAAAUAUUCAGAAUGUUUUACCAAAUCGCCAAAAAUCUUACCCAAUUAAUGGAGUUCCUACUCUGGGUUGGUUCACCAUUGAUUUCUCCUUGAAAGAUCUGGAGAAUGUUUCUUUUAUCCAAGAAAUAUUUUCGCGAUCAAAUAGAUUCAAUGAAAAAAGAUUCGGGGUUUUGAUGGUUCAAAACGUCACCACGCAGAUAAAACCAGAAGUUUUUUCGAUAAAUGUUCAGCACGAUGCGUUCUACGAGCAACAAAAUUUGAGCAUGAGUAGUUUUCUGUUAUCAGCUUCAAGAACUGUUUCCAUUGACUACAUCUCUUCUCCUGAGUCUCUUGAUAAGUUCAUCUUAAGCAAGAGCUCAGUGAAUAUGGAUUGGACGACACCGUAUAGAAUUAUGUUAGGAGUUGUUCGUGAUUUAGAGUACUUGCACCAUGGAUGCAAGACAAAGAUUCUAUACUUUGACAUUAAACCACAAAAUGUACUCUUAGAUGACAUUUUUUGUCCCAAAGUUUCGGACUUUGGCCUCACUAAGCUCUGUGAGAGGAAAGAGAGCAUCGAUAGGAUGAUUGGUGCAAGGAACAAAGAAAAAGAUAAUCAAGCAUCUUCUUUUAGCACAAGUUCAGUGUACUUUCGUGAAUGGGUAUACAGGGAUCUUGAAUUAGGAAAGUCCAAAAGACUUAUGGAGAAUGGAAUCAGCAACGAAGACAAUGAUCUAGCAAAGAAGAUGACGUUGGUGGGUUUGUGGUGUAUUCAGCCUUUCCCACCAGAUCGCCCACCAAUGAACAAAGUUCUGUUUGCUUCUCAAAUCGAUGCUCAAAGAUCUACAAGUCCAUGGCAGACGCUCAGUGGUGAAGCUCCACUUGUGAUUGCUCGUGGUGGGUUUUCUGGAUUGUUUCCAGAUUCGAGUCUUGAUGCUUACACUUUUGCAAUCCAGACAAGUGUAGCUGGUACUGUUCUAUGGUGUGAUGUUCAGCUAACCCAAGAUAGAGUUGGGAUUUGCUUCCCUGAUUUAAAUAUGGCCAAUGCUUCAAAUAUUGAUCUUGUUUACUCAAAUCGUCAAAAAUCUUACCCGGUUAAUGGAGUCAAUACUAAGGGUUGGUUUCCCAUUGAUUUCUCCUUGAAAGAUCUCAAGAAUGUAUACUUGAUCCGAGGAAUAUUAUCACGAUCAGAUAAAUUUGAUGAAAAUGGAUACGCGAUUUCAACGGUUCAAAAUGUAGCCACGCAGAUGAAACCAUCAUUCUUGUGGUUAAAUGUUCAGCACGAUGUGUUCUACGAGCAACAAAAUUUCAGUAUGAGCAGUUUUCUAUUAUCAGCUUCAAGAACUGUUUCCAUUGACUUCAUAUCUUCCCCUGAGGUGAACUUUUUUAGGAAAAUUGCUGGCCGUUACAGGCGUAAUGGACCGAGUUUCGUGUUCCAAUUUCUUGGGAAAGAAGAUUUUGAGCCGACAACAAACCGAACCUACAGUUCAAUCUUGAAUAACCUAACAUUUGUCAAGACGUUUGCUUCAGGGAUUCUUGUUCCCAAGUCUUACAUAUUGCCACUCGAUGACAAACAGUACUUGCUUCCUCCUACAUCGUUAGUUCAAGAUGCUCACAAAGCAGGAUUAAAAGUAUAUGCGUCAGGUUUUACAAAUGAUGUUGGUAUUGCAUAUAACUACAGUUUGGAUCCAGUUUCUGAAUAUCUAUCUUUUGUUGACAAUGGCGAAUUUUCUGUUGAUGGUGUGCUCUCUGAUUUUCCCUUAACUGCAUCUGCAUCUGUCGACUGCUUCUCCCGCAUUGGCAGAAACGCUACAAAACAAGUGGAUUUUCUUGUUAUAUCAAAAAAUGGUGCAAGUGGGGAUUAUCCUGGAUGUACAAACUUGGCAUAUGAGAAGGCAAUCAGAGAUGGUGCUGAUGUUAUUGAUUGCCCAGUCCAAAUGUCUAGUGACGGUAUACCCUUUUGCUCAAGUUCGAUAGAUCUCGUGAACAGCACAACAGUCGUCCAAACUCAUCUCAGAAACCGUUCCAUAAUUGUUCCUGAGAUUAGCUCAGUUGCUGGAAUAUAUACUUUUAGCCUCACAUGGCAUGAGAUCCAGAGUUUGACUCCUGCUAUUUCAAACCCCUUUAGGGAUUACGGUAUGUCCAGGAAUCCGAAGGAGAAAAAUUCGGGGAACCUUAUUUCACUCUAUGAAUUCCUAAACUUGGCAAAAAACUCCACUUCUCUCUCCGGUGUUUUAAUCAGUCUAGAGAAUGUAAUAUACCUAAGAGAGAAGCAAGAACUCGACGUAGUUAAAGUAGUUCUUAGUAGACUCACUGAAACUGGUUACAUCUUUGGAACAUUAAAGGUCAUGAUUCAGUCUACGACCACUUCGGUUCUAGUUGACUUCAAGAAUCAGAGCAAGUACGAGACUGUCUACAAAAUUGAAGAAACCAUUCGUGAUAUUAGUGAUUCUGCUAUCAAAGAAAUAAAGAAAUUCGCCAACGCAGUUGUCAUCAACAAACAUUCAGUCUUAACUAUCACUGAUGCGUUCGUCACUGGGCAAACUAAUGUUGUGGAAAAGCUGCAGAAAUUUCAGCUCCCGGCUUAUGUAGAACUGUUUCAAAAUGAGUUUGUCUCUCAACCAUAUGACUUUUUCUCAGAUGAAACUGUUGAGUUAAACUCAUAUAUCUCUGGAACCGAUAUCAAUGGAACCGUGACAGAGUUCCCUUUCACAGCAGCAAGAUACAAAAGGAACCGAUGUUUGGGCCGCAAAGAUAUACCAACUUACAUGUUACCUGUUCAACCUGGUGGCCUCUUAACGAUUGUGAGUACUUCAUCCUUACCUCCAGCCCAAGCUCCAAACCCGAUUUUCACAGAUGAUGAUGUUACUGAGCCACCACUACCUCCGGUUAUAGCAAAAUCCCCAACCUCAACCCCUGGAACACCAUCAACCAUUGCAAAACCUCUAAGAAAUUUGCUCAAAGUAAUUCGCAUAGUUUCAGGGUCAGUGGCAGGAGUUGUAUUAGUCCUGGUCUUAUUAACAUUAACUUUCUGUUUUCUCCGAAAGAGAGAAACACAGCAGAGACAAAAGAAACUGAAGGCUCUUAUUCCUCUGGAACACUAUACUUAUGCACAGGUGAAGAGAAUUACAAAGUCAUUUGCGGAAAUUGUUGGGAGAGGCGGAUUUGGAAUUGUUUAUAAAGGAACACUUGGUGAUGGCCGUGUGGUUGCGGUUAAGGUCUUGAAAGACUCAAAAGGUAAUGGUGAAGACUUCAUGAAUGAGGUUGCGAGCAUGAGCAGAACUUCGCAUCUCAACAUUGUUUCCUUGCUUGGUUUCUGCUCAGAAGGUUCCAAAAGGGCAAUUAUAUAUGAGUUUUUGGAAAAUGGGUCACUUGAUAAGUUUAUCUCAGGCAAGACCUCGGUGAAUAUGGAUUGGACGGCACUAUAUAGAAUUGCGCUAGGAGUUGCUCGUGGUUUAGAGUACUUGCACCAUAGCUGCAAAACAAGGAUUGUACAUUUUGACAUUAAACCACAAAAUGUACUCUUAGAUGACAAUUUUUGUCCCAAAGUUUCGGACUUUGGUCUCGCUAAGCUCUGUGAGAAGAAAGAGAGCAUUUUGUCAAUGCUGGACACAAGAGGUACCAUAGGGUACAUUGCACCAGAGAUGAUCUCGAGAGUUUAUGGGAAUGUGUCGCACAAAUCAGAUGUGUAUAGCUAUGGAAUGUUAGUCCUUGAGAUAAUUGGUGCAAGGAACAAAGAAAAAGCUAAUCAAGCCUCUCCUUCUAACACAAGUUCAAUGUACUUUCCUGAAUGGGUAUAUAGAGAUCUUGAAUCAGGCAAGUCCCAAAGGCAUAUUGAAAAUGGAAUCAACAGCGAAGAUGAUGAGCUAGCAAAGAAGAUGACAUUGGUUGGUUUGUGGUGUAUUCAGCCAUCCCCACCAGAUCGCCCAGCGAUGAACAGAGUUGUAGAGAUGCUGGAAGGAAGCUUGGAUGCUAUUGAAGUCCCUCCUAGGCCUGUUUUGCAGCAAAUCCCCACAUCAAAUUUUCAAGAAUCUUCUACGCUUUCAGAGGAACUGUUUGCUGCUCAAAUUGAUGCUCAAAGAUCUACAAGUCGAUGGCAGACGCUCAAUGGUGAUGCUCCACUAGUGAUUGCUCGUGGUGGCUUUUCUGGAUUGUUUCCAGAUUCGAGUCUAGCUGCAUACCAAUUUGCAAUGCAGGCAAGUGUAGACGAAGUUGUUCUAUGGUGUGAUGUUCAGCUAACCAAAGAUGAAGUUGGGAUUUGCUUCCCUGAUUUAAAUCUGGCCAAUGCUUCAAAUAUUGAUCUUGUUUACUCAAAUCGUCAAAAAUCUUACCCGGUUAAUGGAGUCACUACUCAGGGUUGGUUCCCCAUUGAUUUCUCCUUGACAGAGCUCCAGAAUGUUUCUUUGAUCCGAGGAAUAUUAUCGCGCUCAGAAAGAUUUGAUGCAAGUGGAUUUACGAUUUCGACGGUUCAAGAUGUAACCAUGCAGUUAUUACCAAAAGGUUUUUGGUUAAAUGUCCAGCACGAUGCCUUCUACGAGCAACAAAAUUUAAGCAUGAGUAGUUUUCUGUUAUCUGUUUCAAGAACUGUUUCCAUUGACUUCAUCUCUUCCCCUGAGGUGAAUUUCUUUAAGAAAAUUGCCGGCCGUUUCGGACGUAAUGGACCGAGUUUUGUGUUCCAGUUUCUUAGGAAAGAGGAUUUCGAGCCUACAACGAACCAAACCUACGGUUCUAUCUUGAGUAACCUAACGUUUGUCAAGACGUUUGCUUCAGGGAUUAUUGUUCCCAAGUCUUACAUAUUGCCACUCGAUGACAAACAGUACUUGCGUCCUCCUACAUCCUUAGUUCAAGAUGCUCACAAAGCAGGAUUAAAAGUAUAUGCGUCAGGUUUUGCAAAUGAUGUUGAUAUUGCAUAUAACUACAGUUCGGAUCCAGUGUCUGAGUAUCUAUCUUUUGUGGACAAUGGUGAUUUUUCGGUUGACGGUGUGCUCUCUGAUUUUCCCAUCACUGCAUCUGCGACCGUUGACUGCUUCUCCCACAUCGGCAGAAACGCUAAAAAACAAGUGGAUUUUCUUGUUAUAUCAAAAAAUGGUGCGAGUGGGGACUAUCCUGGAUGUACAGACUUGGCAUAUGAGAACGCAAUCAAAGAUGGUGCUGAUGUUAUUGAUUGCUCAGUCCAAAUGUCUAGCGACGGUAUACCCUUUUGCUUAAGUUCCAUAAAUCUCGGGGAUAGCACAACGGUCACCCAAACUCUUUUUAGCAACCGGUCAACUACUCUUCCUGAGAUUAGCUCAGUUGCUGGAAUAUACACUUUUAGUCUCACAUGGCCUGAGAUCCAGAGUUUGACUCCUGCUAUUUCAAACCCCUUCAAGGUUACUUACAGUAUGUCCAGGAACCCGAAUGAGAGAAAUUCUGGGAAGCUUAUUUCGCUUUCUCAAUUCCUAGACUUGGCAAACAACUCCACUUCUUUAUCCGGUGUAUUGAUCAGUGUAGAGAAUGCAGUGUACUUGAGAGAGAAGCAAGGGCUCGACGUGGUUCAAGCAGUUCUCGAUACACUCACGGAAACUGGUUACACCAAUGGAACAACCACAACAAAGGUCAUGAUUCAGUCUACCAACAGCUCAGUUCUAGUUGACUUCAAGAAGCAGAGCAAGUACGAGACUGUCUACAAAAUUGAAGAAACCAUUGGUAAUAUUCGUGACUCGGCCAUUGAAGACAUAAAGAAAUUCGCUAACGCUGUUGUCAUCAACAAAGAUUCAGUCUUUCCUAACUCUGAGUCGUUUCUCACUGAGCAAACCAAUGUUGUGGAGAGACUGAAGAAGUCUCAGCUCACGGUUUAUGUGGAACUGUUUCGGAAUGAGUUUGUAUCGCAACCAUAUGACUUCUUCGCGGAUGCAACUGUUGAGAUAAACACAUAUAUCUAUGGCGCUGGUCUCAAUGGAACCAUCACAGAGUUCCCUUUCACAGCUGCAAGAUACAAAAGGAAUCGAUGUUUGGGCAGAAACCAAAUUCCACCUUACAUGUUACCUAUUCAACCCGGUGGCCUCUUAGCCAUUAUGAGUCCUCUGGCCUUACCUCCAGCCCAAGCUCCAAACCCAGAUUUCAUAGAUGCUGAUGUCACUGAGCCACCACUACCUCCUGUUUUAGCUAAAGGCCCAACCUCAACCCUUGGAACUCCAUCUACCAUUGCACAAGCACCUAGCGGACAAACCCGACUUAAGUUAUCUCUUCUCCUCUCUGUUUUUUUCCUCUCUCUUCUACUUUUGUGAUCAGCCCUAUAUCACAUCUCCUCUCUGUUUAUAAUGUCUUCCACCCUCGUAAAGAUUUCUUUGUGUGACUCUCAGUCAAAUCAUUAGAGUUUAUGUGUGUGUCUAUUUACAUUUUGGUUUUAUUUCAUUUGGUUAUUGUUGAUAUGAGCCAAAGCUUUAGACUCCGAUCUCGUAAUCGUA